GCCUCCGCGAGCCUUGCCGCGACCGUGUGCCUCCACGCCGUGCUACACGUUCCCAUUGAAAACUUGUGCCAAACAGUGCUACCUAGAUUCUUGUAUUUAGUGUUAAUUCGGAUUGCAGUGUUGUGCUUUUGUGUGUGCUAAAAGCGUAUGAUUAUGAACGGAACUGCGUAAAGGAUUCUGGAGGUUUCAGUGACAAUGCGCGAGCGGUGAGAGCAACAGUCGCGCGAUGUUGCGCGCAAUUAUCUGUCUUCUGGUCGCCUCGGCGGCCGGCGAGCACGUACGCGAGUUCACCGUCCGAGAGAACGCCCGCGCAGGCGCCCUUGUUGGCCACCUCGGGGACGAACUGCCCGACGCCGCCCCACCGUACACCAUCGUCCCGGUCCUCGGUAGUGCCGUUAAUGACGACCUGAAAAUAGAUCCCCACACUGGAGAAAUACGGACACGAGUGCCAUUAGACAGAGAGAAUAGGGACCAUUACGCUCUAGUCGCUAUCCCCGCUAGCGGUGAUAAUAUCCGCGUAGUCGUCCGCGUGUCUGAUGAGAACGAUAACGCUCCCACAUUCCCCACCGCGGUCAUGAACGUUGAGUUCUCCGAAAACACACCUAGAGAUGUCAAGAGGAAACUCAAUCCCGCUAAGGAUCAGGAUUUAGACAUUUUCAAUACCCAAAGAUAUAAUAUUGUGUCGGGGAAUACAGAUAACGCUUUCAGACUAUCAUCACAUAGAGAACGUGACAGCGUUCUGUAUUUAGAUCUUCAAAUUAAUGGUUUUCUUGAUAGAGAAACGACAGACCAUUAUGAAUUGGUCAUAGAAGCAUUGGAUGGUGGAACGCCACCCUUGCGAGGGACAAUGACUGUAAAUAUUACUAUUUUAGAUGUAAAUGAUAACCCGCCAGUAUUCGCUGAAAGCGCAUAUUCAGCUAUGAUACCUGAAAAUGCUACUGUAGGAACUGCAGUGUUGAAAGUUUUCGCUACGGACUCUGAUGCAAGUGAAAACGGUUUAAUUGAAUACUCUAUUAAUAGAAGACAGAGUGACAAAGAAAAUAUGUUCAAAAUAGACCCAAAUACAGGUGAAAUUACUGUAAAUAAAGCUUUAGAUUUCGAGACCAAAGAAUUACAUGAAUUAGUCGUUGUCGCUAGAGAUAAAGGCGCGCAGCCGUUAGAGACAACAGCAUUUGUAUCAAUACGUGUUACUGAUGUAAAUGAUAACCAGCCUACAAUUGACGUGAUAUUUUUAAGCGAUGACGCUACGCCAAAAAUAUCAGAGGCGGCGCAGUUAGAUGAAUUCGUGGCUAGAAUAUCUGUACACGAUCCUGAUUCGAAAACGGAGUACUCAAACGUUAACGUAACUUUAAGCGGUGGCGAUGGACAUUUCGAUUUGCGGACGCAUGAUAAUAUCAUAUACUUAGUGGUAGUUGCUUUACCGUUAGAUCGCGAAUCUCAGUCUUCGUACACGUUGAAUGUAGUUGCAACUGAUAAAGGCUCGCCUCCAUUGCACGCUUCGCGUAUAAUCAAUCUGCGAGUGACAGAUGUUAACGAUAAUCCCCCAGUAUUUCUUGAAAGCGUUUAUAAAACGAGUGUCCCAGAGGCCGCUGCGCCCGGUACUCCAGUACUGCAAGUGUCAGCCAGUGACGUAGACGAGGGUGAAAAUUCGGAAAUACGUUACUCUUUGCUUCCCACUCCCCAGUCAGAUUGGUUCUUGAUCGAUGAGCGUUCUGGUCUAGUUACAACUCGAUCCCGUGUCGAUUGUGAGACGAAUCCUAUGCCGCGUUUGACGGUGGUGGCGAGUGAUCGUGGUAAUCCUCCUAUGUCCUCAACCGCCACGUUGCUAGUGACAGUGCUGGAUGUGAAUGACAACGAGCCGAUAUUCGACCAAUCCUUCUACAAUGUCACCGUGCCGGAGAAUGAAGCGGUCGGCAGCUGUAUUUUAAAGAUGUCAGCUAUCGACCCAGACUGUGGAGUGAAUGCAAUCGUCAACUACACGCUUGGGGAGGGUCUGGCUCGUCCACAGUUCUCGGUGAAGCCUGACUCCGGAGACCUCUGUAUCGUAGCGCCUCUCGACCAUGAAGCCAAUGCUGAUUACGAGUUUCCAGUUAUAGCCACUGAUAGAGGGGGCCUGUCCACGACUGCUAUGGUGAAGAUCCAACUGCUAGAUAUAAACGACAACGUACCAGCAUUUACUGUGAAGGAUUACAAUGUAUCUUUAAAAGAGGGAAGGGUCUCGACCACUGAGCCGAUAGUAGCGGUGUCCGCGAGUGAUGCGGAUUCCGGAAGAUUUGGAACUAUCACGUACAGAAUAGUUGGUGGGAAUGACAAUGAUGUGUUCAGAAUCGAUCGCAGCACCGGAGAGAUAUUCGUGAUAAAGCCGGCGCUGAUACAGACGAAUGGGAAGUUCGAUCUGGAGGUGUCUGCGACUGACGGCGGCGGUCUGACUGCUCCUCAAAGUGCUAUAGUCCACGUGGCGGUGAUGCCGGCUGGAGUGGGGUCGGCGUUGUUCGACAAGCCGAGAUACAAUUUUCGGGUGCGAGAAGACGUGCGGAGUGGGACGAUUGUGGGAAACUUGAAAGCCACAGGCGCGGAUAGAGGUAAAGUCGUGCGAUACAGCAUUGUCUCCGGAGAUAUCGGUCACCACUUCACCAUAGAACCCCACACUGGAGCUAUAAGAACAUCGGGACAGCUGGACAGGGAAGCUGCUUCUUCGUACCUUCUCAACGUUAGAGCUGCCAAUGGGAAUACUGCUAGCUAUGAUCAAACACAGGUUCAAAUAACACUUGAAGAUGUGAAUGACAACGCGCCAGAAUUCGGCACGUCAUCUGUCAAAGUAUCAGUAGCAGAGUCAGCGGCUGUGGGAUCCGUGGUCUACGCAGCGAGGGCUACUGAUGAAGAUGAUGGGAAGAAUGGACAAGUGACAUACACUCUGCUGUCAGCUACUGGACCUACGAACACUUUUGCUGUUAACCAUCAACAUGGACUUGUCACGUUGUUGAAAUCAUUGGACUACGAGAAUCUUGUACGUCACACUCUAAUUAUAUCAGCCGAAGAUGGCGGAUCGCCCUCACUCAGCGCAAAUCUCACGUUGGUCAUCGACGUGCAAGACGUAAAUGACAACCCACCUGUCUUCGAACAUGACACUUACAGCGCUAAUGUUUACGAGUCCGAAGCUGUAAACGCAAAGAUCAUAGAAAUUCAAGCAAUCGACAAGGACACCGGGAACAAUGCUCGCAUCACCUAUCGCAUCGCAUCAGACAAUAACACGGAGCACUUUAAAGUUCAGCCGAGCACCGGCUGGGUGCAGCUGGCGAUGGAGCUCGAUCGAGAAUCGAUCCCACAACACAACAUGACAAUAAUAGCCACGGAUAAUGGUAUCCCGCCGCUGUCGGCGACCGUCAGUCUUGUCGUCAGUGUGCUGGAUGCCAACGAUAAUGAUCCAGUUUUCUCGCAAGCCAACUAUGAGUUCCACGUCGAGGAGAAUCGCAAGGCUGGCGCGUUCGUUGGCAGGAUCGCGGCGAGCGAUGCGGAUUUGGGUGAUAAUGCUGCGGUCAGGUACAGCCUGUUCCCGUCCAACACCAGCUUCGUCGUAAACCCCGUGACAGGGAUCAUAACUACCAAAGAGAUGUUAGAUCGAGAAUUGAGACAUUCGUAUUCCCUUUUUGCUGAGGCCAAAGAUCAAGGUUCCCUUCCAAGAUCAAGCAGGGUGCCAGUUUCCAUUAAGAUCACUGACGUUAAUGAUAAUGCACCCGAAAUAGUCGAUCCUAGAGAAGAUGUGGUCAGUGUAAGAGAAGAACAACAGCCUGGUGCAGAAGUGGCGAGAGUGAAGGCGAUAGAUAGAGACAAUGGAGUAAAUGCAUCAGUGACAUACUCAAUUCUCAACGAUAGGGACACGGAUGGUUUUGGCGUGUUCGUUAUUGAUUCUUCAACUGGUGUUAUAAAAACGAGUACAGUUCUGGACCAUGAGGAAAGGUCUAUUUACCGCUUAACUGUUGCUGCUAUAGAUGGUGGUCACCCUCCAAGACAAACGAUUCGUCAAUUAAAAGUUGAAGUACUGGAUUUAAAUGACAAUAGACCUACAUUUACCAGUUCAAGUCUAUCGUUCAAAGUGCGUGAAGAUUCUAAAGUUGGCCACAUAGUUGGUACAGUUACAUGCUGUGAUAGUGACAUACACGAAAAUACGAUAAAUGGAGAAGAAGAACGACAAAUAUCGUAUCUUUUAAUGUCCUUAACAUCCGACCAUUCACCAGGGACUUUUGAAAUUGAUCGAAGAACAGGCUCUUUGGUUGUAGCAAGACAACUUGAUAGAGAAAUACAGGAUGAAUAUAGACUAGAAGUUAGAGCUUUAGAUACAUCAGCAACAAAUAACCCACAGAGUAGUGCAGUCACGGUCAGGAUCGAAAUUAUAGAUAUUAACGACAAUGCUCCACAGUGGCCUGAAGAUCCCAUUAAAAUAGAAGUGUCUGAAACCACAGCGGUCGGUAUGACUAUCUACAAUUUUACAGCAAGGGAUUUGGAUGCCGGUGUUAACGGAGAACUCAGCUUUCAUAUUGUUUCAUCUCUACCAACAUCAAAGAAUAUUUUCAAUCUAGAUCCAUUAACAGGAACACUAACGCUGAUGUCCCCACUUGACUACGAAACGCUAAAAGAGUAUUGGUUGGUAGUUGAAGCUGUUGAUCAAGCGAUAAAUAUAACUGAGAGGAUUUCAACAUCAGCUACUGUUCACGUAAUGGUAACAGAUGCGAACGAUAAUACUCCAACUUUUGUGUCUGCUCGAAAAGUAUCCGUAACCCUAAAUGCUUUGACUGGAGUAUUAUAUCAAGCUUUAGCAAUAGACGCUGAUGCUGGAGAUAACGGCAAAAUUUCGUACUACAUAUCGAAUGGAAAUGACAAUUCGUAUUUUACAAUAGACUAUAGUAGCGGAAAGUUGUCAUUGUCGAAUAAAUUUUCAUCGGAUGCAUCUAAAAUGAAACCUGGCCAAUAUAAGUUAAAUUUGACUGCUUCUGAUCAUGGCGUUCCAUUUCCUAAACAGAGCCAUAUGACCUUACAAUUACAUUUACAAGAAUCUACAAAUACCCCACCAAGGUUUACUGAAACAUUGUACAAAGCGAACAUUAGUGAAGAUAUUCGUCCCGGAAGCUUUGUAACGAGAGUCGUAGCCAAGUCAUCUCGAGGAAAUUCAGGUAAUCUCAAUUACAUGAUUCCAUCUGGUGUAGCAAACGAUAAAUUUGCCAUCGAUGAACAUACAGGGACUAUCACAGUACGAUCCAAAAUUGACCGAGAAGAAAAAGAACAAUACACAUUUCCCGUCUAUGUCACGGAUUCGGGUACAUUUCAGUCUACCACGAAUUUUGACGUGGCAACCGUUAUCAUUAGUAUUUUGGAUGAUAACGACAAUGCUCCCGCAUUCAAACCUGGCUCUUGCUACACUUUAACAGUACCUGAAAAUAAUGAACCCGAAGUCAUACACACCGUAUCAGCUACUGAUAAAGAUAUUGGAGCCAAUGGCGUCAUAACGUACAGCAUUACAUCUGGAAAUAACGGAAAUAAAUUUUCAAUAGACUCUACAUCUGGAAAACUAACUGCUAAGACGCUUGAUCGUGAAACACAAUCGAGAUAUGAGUUGACAAUAACGGCAUAUGACCACGGAUCACCCUUAGCGUUGCAGGGUUCUUGUAAUAUUACUAUUAUGGUUGAAGAUCAAAAUGACAAUGACCCGGUAUUUGAUACCGGCCAUUACUCAGCUGCUAUCCCAGAAGAUGCUCCUAUUGAAACAUCCAUAAUAAAAGUAAGAGCUACCGACGCUGAUUUAGGGUAUAAUAAACGUAUAGUCUAUUCCCUAGCAAAUGAAAGUCAAGGCUUAUUUCGCAUAGAUAAUAAAACUGGAAUUAUUUUCACCACCGGGCACUUUGAUAGAGAAAAAGUUGGUGUAUAUCGCUUCGAAGCUGUUGCUACGGAUCAAGGACGGUAUAUUGCCAGGUCCCAAAGAGUAUCCGUUGAAGUAACCAUAAACGAUGUAAAUGAUAAUAAGCCUAUAUUUACUAAAUACCCAUUUCGAGAACAAAUGGCAACAUUAACACCUCCAGGGCAAAGUUUACUACGAGUUGCAGCAACAGAUAAUGAUAUUGGAAUAAACGCUGAAAUUCUAUAUGAACUUUUAGAUACUUCCAAUCACAAAUUUCGGAUAAAUCCUACCACUGGAGUACUUACAGCUACACAAAGUCUUGCUAGUGAAAAUGGGAGACUGUUGCAUUUGAAAGUAAUAGCCAAAGAUAAGGGCAAUCCUCCGCAAAGCUCAGUGGGACUGAUUGAGUUACGUAUAGGAGAUUUCUCAGACCAAAGCCCAACGUUGAAUUUCCAAAAUACAACUUACAAUAUUACUAUUGAAGAAAAUUUACCCUAUGGCAAAGAAGUGUUGCAGGUUACCGCAUUGCGAAGUGACGGAAGACGACAAAGAGUCAUUUAUGAAAUAGGCAAUGGAAAUGACCAAUAUGCUUUCGAAAUCGAUAGUAAUUCUGGCAUCAUUAGAGUCAAUAAUUCAGAAAAUUUGGAUUAUGAAACUUACCCAGGACCAAGAAGAACUCUUGUAAUAGUCGCAAGAACUGAAGGUUCUCCAGUUUUGUAUGGUUAUUGUGAAGUCAUUAUAAAUCUUUCUGACCAAAAUGAUCAUGCGCCAAGGUUUACACAACAGCAGUACAUAGCUAAUGUGUUCGAAGGCAACACGAAAGGCGAAUUUGUCGUUCAACUAGCCGCAAAAGAUGAUGACAAGGGAGCCAAUGCAAAAAUUUUAUAUCACAUCGUGGAUGGCAAUCACGAUAACGCAUUUAUUAUAGAACCAGCGUUUUCUGGUUCAGUGAAAACGAAUAUCGUUCUCGAUCGAGAAAUACGUGAGUCAUAUAAACUGACUGUAAUUGCGACAGAUGAAGGAAAUCCACAAAUGACUGGAACAGCCACACUUCGGAUUAAUAUCGUUGAUGUUAAUGAUAACCAACCGACAUUUCCUCCGCCAAACGUCAUAUCAGUAUCUGAAGGAACGGAAGUUGGCUCAAUACUCACAUCUGUGACUGCGAAUGACGUAGAUACCUAUCCCGCUCUGAAGUACGCUCUGGUAGACGAUACGAGCAUAUUUUCUAUAGAUAGAUACAGCGGUAAAAUAGUACUUAAUAGGGCAUUGGAUUUUGAAACACGUAAAAGUUAUACGAUAAACGUCACCGCAUCGGACACGGAACACAUUACCGACACCACUUUGACAAUACAACUCACUGAUAUUAAUGACAAUGCACCUGUUUUCCAAGAAGUUUCCUACAACAGCGUUUUACCAGAAGGAUCAGGAACAUUAGAAGUUGGCGUUGUAAAAGCUAUCGAUAGUGACAGUGGUGAAAAUAGCAACGUAUCAUAUGCUUUUCUUCAGCCGAGGGACGGCUUUUACAUCGACGCCGCUAGUGGAGUCAUCUUCGUCAACUUCAGUGCCCUGCCCGCUAGUCGCAGAGAUGUCCAGCUAGCAGUUGUCGCCACUGACCACGGCAAACCGAAUAGAUCAGCCAUAGCUUCAGUCAGAAUAAGCAGCGGCGCUUCAUCUGAAAUAAAACCUUUCAUUGGACAAGAUACGUACAGAAUCACUGUCAAUGAAGACACGAAAGAGGGAACAUCUUUAUUGCAAAUUGGUGGAAUUAACGAUGUUCUGAAGAAGUACAAUCUUGAUUUUCAAAUAAUAACUGGUAACGAAGGUGACUUUUUCGAUAUCACAACUGAAGGAGCGCUAAUACUCGUUAAGAGGCUUGACAGGGAAUCACAGGAUUCAUAUACCCUUGGGCUAGCUGCCGUCGAGCAAGGAAAAAUGUUAUCUUAUAAGCAAAAUAAGACAUCCAUAGUGAUAUUUGUAACAGUUACGGACGCAAAUGACAAUGCUCCCAUAUUCUCAAUAAAUAGCUAUGAACUUACUGUAACUGAAGAUGUCAAAAUUGGAUAUUCCUUAACACAGCUGUCUGUGACGGACUCUGAUUUAUACGGGACUCCUAAUUCGGCUAUUAUCUACAAUAUAACAUCGGGAGACGAUAAUAAAUUGUUCUACGUACAUCCAACAACUGGAGUUUUAACUGUUAACCAGACUCUCGAUUAUGAUACGGGAAAAACGAAAUACAAAUUAGUUGUUGUUGCCUGUGACCAAGGAGUUCCAUGUUUAUGCAGCGCUGCCUACAUUGAUGUCGGUAUCCUCGAUGUGAAUGAUAAUAUGCCAGCCUUUCCUGUUAAUGAGUACUUUGAGAGUAUUGCUGAAAACGAAAGGGUCGGUACGUCAGUUUUCACAGCAAGAGCAACAGAUUUAGACAAGGGUAAAUAUGGAACUCUGAAUUACUCGAUAGGACCUACAACAACAAAUUACAAUAAAAAUGAUGAUUCUUGGAAAAUGUUCCAAAUAGAUCCAAUCAGCGGGCUAGUUAAUACAAAUGCUGUUUUUGAUUAUGAACAGAAGAACAAGUAUGAAUUCUCAAUUAAGGCUUCGGACAUGGGAGGGAAAAGUUCAACUGUAAAAGUGAGAAUCGAUGUCGAAAGCCGAGAUGAAUUUUAUCCUCAAUUCACCCAAAAGACUUAUAAUUUCGGAGUCCCCAAAUCGGGAUCACUGCCAGCGGGAUAUGUCAUCGGACAGGCAACAGCAACCGAUAGGGACAAAGGUAUCGAUGGGCGUAUUGUUUAUCAACUGUCUACGUCACAUUCUUACUUUAAAAUAAACAGAACUACCGGUGUGAUAAUUUUAAAGAAGAAAGUUGACUCUGUACAUACUUUAUUCGGUGGAGAUAAAUCGAUUAGUUUAGUGGUUACAGCUAGUUCUGGUCGCCAAGGAUCAUUGACAAAUAAAACCGCUGUAGAAAUACUAUUAGACCCGGCCGCCGUAAUAUCGGAUGGCACGAAUAUACUCAAUGACCCAGCAUUAGCUCAAAACAGUGGUUUAUCUGAUUGGGCAUUGGGCUUGUUGAUAGCUUUUAUUUUUAUCAUUAUAAUUUUCGCAGCGGCAUUUUUGUUCUUACACAUGAAAAAUAAGAGACACAAAAAAGAAAAUAAGCCAGGUUUAAGUUCAGAAGGUGUAGGAGCGACAAAUAGCUACGUAGAUCCUAGUGCGUUUGAUACAAUACCAAUCCGCAACACUGGUGCAGUAAAUCCAGGGAACCAAUUUGCCCCACCGAAGUAUGAUGAAAUACCGCCAUAUGGUGCUCAUACAGCUAGCUCUAACUCUGGUGCUGCAACUACCUCUGAAUUAUCCGGAUCUGAUCAAUCAGGUUCCAGUGGUCGGGGCUCAGCUGAGGAUGGAGAAGACGGUGAAGAUGAAGAGAUAAGAAUGAUUAACGAAGGACCACUUCAAAGAGAAAGACAAGCAAAUGGAGUAGACGACGAUAACUUAUCUGACGUUUCUGUACAUAAUACUCAAGAAUAUUUAGCACGUCUUGGCAUCGUUGAUACUGGAACCGGUGGAGCGUCGACUUCUUCGCGAAGAUGUUCUGAAAACGUUGCAAACAAAGACACAAUGUUGCACCAUGGUGGUAUAGAUAAUAUGCAUAACAUUUUUGAUGAAGACGGACCCCAUGAAAAUGAUAUAACCAACUUAAUUUAUGCCAAAUUAAAUGAAGUGACGGGAAGUGAUCGAGGUAGUAGCGCAGAUGAAGCCAGUGCAGCCGUUGACAGAGCAAUGGCGUUGGGAGCAUUUCCUAGUGCACCAGGAGAUAACACUGCUGUGCCUACAGCAGGCCCUUCCAUGACGGGUAGUUUAAGUUCCAUAGUCCAUUCUGAAGAAGAAUUAACUGGGAGCUACAAUUGGGAUUAUUUACUUGAUUGGGGCCCUCAAUACCAGCCUCUUGCUCACGUUUUCUCCGAAAUAGCUCGUCUAAAGGACGACGCUGUAUCUCUACAGAGUGGUAAUAGCGGUGCAUCUAGUGCUAAAAGUAAAGGGACUUCAAUAUCAGGAGGGAAAAGUGUACCCCCACCUUUAUUAACGACUGUUGCUCCUAGGAGUUGUCCAGCUCCUUCAUUGUCUUGUAGGCAACCCCAACAUUUAUUACCUAGAUCACCUAUAAGCCACGAUGUUCCUGGUGGAUUUUCAGCUGCUGCAGCGAUGUCUCCUUCAUUCUCACCGUCUCUAUCUCCAUUAGCCACUAGAUCCCCUUCUAUGUCCCCAUUAGUUGGGCCAGGUCUUCCUCCCGCCCCCGGUAAUAGAAAACCCCCUCAUUCUACUAUGAGACUAUAAUCUAAGACCAGUCUAUAUAACUUUAAUUGUACAUAAUAACGACUGUUUGCCUUCUAAGUAUUCGAUUAGUAUAUUUAUUGAUUACCGAUGUAAUCGGGUUAGUUAUUAUUUGUAGUAUCAUUUUGUGCAUGUUAUUGUAUUGUAUUUUCCUGGAUAUGCUCAAAGUGAUUUUAAGCGCUUAUUACCGAUUUUGCGGUAAAUGUAAAUAACUCGAUUCGGGUCCUAACUUUAACUGUAUAUAUUAGUCUGUAAAUUUAGAGCCUUGUAUAGUAUAAAUUGAAGACUGCCAUGUUAUACGUAUUAGAAAACAAAUCAGCUUUACUGUAAGCUAUAAGUAUAGGUGUUCCACUAGGCUUGAUAUUUUGCUAUUUUUGUAUAAAAUCACGAUUCAUUUCAAAUUUAUAAGAGUGCAUAAUCUUUAUAUAAUUAAUUCACCGUCUGAACAAAGUUCUUUUUGCCUUCAUUAUCUACUUGAAUAUUGUAAUUAGAGCAAUUUUAAUACUGUGAUUUUCGUCUUAACAUAGCACUCCAUUCGUAAUAUUUAACAAAAUAUGUUAUUCUUAAAAAUUUAUCCCAUAGACAAUAAAAUAUUGCGAGUGGGGUGAUCGAGUGUAAAUAAUUGUAUUUUAUAAUAAUUUCCCAAUGACUGUACGUGUUGAUGUGAAGAAAAAUAAUAAAACUGUACAAUUUGC